UGUUUACUUGAUAAUGUAUGUAGGUACCAAAAGCGUGCAUGCGUUCUUCAAACAAUAAAAUUGACUAUUUUAUCGCGUGUGUUUAAUUAGGUAUCUCUUACAUUUACUAACUCAUAGCAAAAUGGGGAAAUUGGAUGUUGUUAUAAUGCGUUAUUUAACUAGUGAGGACUUCCGUGUAUUAACAGCGGUGGAAAUGGGCAUGAAGAAUCAUGAGCUCGUGCCUGGGUCUCUGGUGGCUUCGAUAGCAAACCUGCGGCAUGGUGGAGUCCACAAAUUGAUGAAAGAACUAUGUAAACACAGGCUACUUACUUACGAACGUGGGAAGCAUUAUGAUGGCUACCGUUUAACCAACAGUGGCUACGACUACCUAGCAUUGAAGGCACUCACCAACAGAAAAGUGAUUGCAUCCUUCGGCAACCAGAUUGGUGUCGGUAAAGAGUCAAACAUUUACACAGUGGCUGACGAAGACAGGAAUCCGCUCUGUCUCAAACUUCAUAGACUGGGCCGCACCUGUUUCCGCAACAUUAAAGGCAAGCGUGACUACCACGCGCACCGCAACCGCGCCUCCUGGCUGUACCUGUCCCGGAUAUCAGCAACCAAGGAGUUUGCAUACAUGAAGGCUCUGUACGAUAGAGGAUUCCCCGUGCCAAAGCCUAUAGACUUUAACAGGCAUUGCGUGGUCAUGGAGCUGGUACAUGGAGGACCUUUAACACAUGUGACCGCAGUAGACGAACCGGAUACACUCUACGAUGAACUGAUGGACCUGAUAGUGAGGCUGGGCAACUGUGGGGUCAUCCACGGAGACUUCAACGAGUUCAACAUCAUGAUCAAUGAGGAAGGUCACCCUAUUAUCAUUGACUUCCCGCAGAUGGUGUCUACCUCACAUCCUAACGCUGAACUAUAUUUCGACCGCGACGUGCGCUGCGUCCGCGAGUUCUUCAAGAAGCGCUUCGGCUUCGAGAGCGAGACGUUCCCGAAGUUCUCCGACCUGGAGCGGGACGACGAACUGGACGCCGAAGUGGCCUGCUCGGGGUACAAGCGGGCGAGGGAUGUCGACGAUGAUCUAUUACAGGAAAUGGGCAUCGGCCUCUCCGUCAGUGAUGAUGAAGAUGAAGGUUCCGACGAGGAAGACCAACAGAUGGAUCACACCAAGUACACCGACGAGGAGUUAGCAGCACUUAGAAGAGAGGUGGAAGAUGUAAUUAAAAAUGACGAGGAGAAAGUGCAACAUAUAACGGAUAAAACCAAGAACCUCGAUUUAGAAGAACCACCAACACUCGUUCCAGCCCCUGACAUUACCUCACAAGACCAUAAAGACGAAAUAUUAGAAAAUGAUGAUGAACAGCCUCACAGAACUGACAAUAAGGAUGAGCAUUUGGACCCGACGUCACAGAAGUACCGUCUAGCGAUGAUCGAGAAGGCUCUGUCAGACGUGCGCUCCAUGAGGACGUACACUUCAGCUAGUACCAUAGCGCCGGAGGUCGUCAAGCAACAAGUGAAGAAAAACCUACAGAUCCGGCAAAAGAAGAUGGAGAGAAAGAAGGCAGUCGCGAAAGGCGAAGCUAGCGCCGUCACGCGGCAGCGGAGAGACAACUCGGAGACCAUCCGGGAGAGCCACGGGCUCUGGGGCUGGGCCGAGUGAGGGUAGCUUGAGAAUAGUUUUAACUACACCUAAGAGAGAAAUAUUGAAUAAAUUGUAUAUAUCUGUA